AUGGGAUAUACGAGAAGAGGGAGCAAGUACAGAUAUGGAAAUCAUCUGUACGCAGGAACGAUUGCAUUCUGCAAAACAUCAAAUAUUAUUGCUAGAAGUGGUGAAAAUAACAAUAGCAUUUUUGCAUUCAUUUUAUCCCGGUGGCCGACAGCCUGGAAGCUACUCUUUGCUCCGAUAAAAAAUGAACAAAUAAGAAAAGAUAUACGGAAUAAACUCAUUACUAUAAAAGCCGACUGGCUGAAUACUCACUCAACGAUGGCUGACAUAAAAGAUAGACAUAUAAACGGUGUAGAAGAAAUAAUUUUUCUUCAAAACAGGCUAAAAUAUGAAACCUAUUUGAAUAACAGAGGAUGGGAGAUUAUUUCUGAGAUCGGACACGCAAAGGGGAACUUUGAUUAUAAACCAGUCACGCUGCAUAAGGGUUUCCAGUUUGAUGAUCGGCCUUUGACAGUCACUUGUGGAUAUCUUCCUGCAACUGCUGGAGUUCCUGUCGAAAAAGACAUAUUUUAUCAUCAAAUGACUCUUGAAAGUGUUCAAAGUGGGAAUUAUGUACUGCAAAAUACGUACGAAAAUUAUUCCCGAGUUACAAUACCAGUUGACCGAACAUAUUUAAACGAAUUCGAGCAGGCUCAUUUGCAGAUGAGGCAAGAAACAUGCCCGCCUGCCAGUACCGCAAAAAACAAGAUGAGUUACAAGUCGGUCAUUGAUUAUUACGCAAUACUCGGCGUGCAACCUUCAGCAACGCUGAAAGACAUAACGAGUGCGUACAGAAAACUAGCUAAAGAGAAGCAUCCUGAUAAGAACCCAAACGAUCCAAGGGCGAAAGAGAAGUUCAUAAAACUCAAAGAAGCGUUCGACUUUCUCCAGAAAAGAGAUGCAUGCAACAAUCAGAUAUUCGACUUUGAAAAGGCGAAGAAAGAAGCGGAACGAAGAAAAUCGGGGGCGUCCGGACUUACUCCCAAUUUAGCCCAGGAACGUAUAAAAGAGAAAAGAAGGGAUCAUGCUUUGUGGAAAUUAGGGCCGAAAGGAGGGGUCGGCCAUUUCGUCAAAAUCGGAGAAGUGAGUGACAAAUCUACAAUCUACGGCGGCGUCAGGGAUGAAAUGAAGGGAAUGGACCUCAUCAAUAUCCUGAAGUUACUCUCGCUAGGUGCUCAUGCAAUAAAUUUAAAGUUUUCGUACGAGCAAAAGAUCAAAGUCACAAACGAGGGAUGGGAGCUAGAAUUCAAAGGAGCUUCGAGGCUCGUUGGAGAUGGAGGAAAUGGCUGGAACUAUCUCUGGUUCAAAAUCGGCGGCGAAUACAAUCGAUUCUUCGUGGUGGCUCAAGAAAUCAACGGAGUCACAGGGGAAGAGUUGAAUAGAAAAGAAAUAACAAGCCGCACAGACAGAGAUGGAAGACGACAACUUGUGAUGUAUGAAAUGACCACUGCCUGCGAUUUCGUUCGCUUUAAUAUCACUUUCUUUAAUGAAUAA